GAAUUAAUAUUAAAGGAUCAUCCGGACGGUUAGCAGCUGACUGAACACCGACACACCAGUAAAUCAAGAAUGAUUCCGCUGCAGAUAUUACAACGUACGGUAUCCACCCGCCUUCUGUAUGUUGAACUAUGGGUGGUGAUAUUUCAACUUGCAACGGUUCCAACUACACUACAGAUGAACGCUCCUGGUUAUUUGGGAUGUUACGAGGACUGUGAAGGUACGUAUUGUGUUCCCGAUGAUCGUGUGCUCUCGCAUGGGCCAAUGGACAGCGACGAACAGUCUGUCGAAUGGUGCUUCAGACGCUGUCUGGAUUCACAAUCAAUGAGCUACAAAUACGCAGGACUUGAAAUCGGAAAGGAAUGUUUCUGUGGAAAUAACGAAGACUACAACAGACACGGGAAAAAGGACGACUCUGAGUGUCAAGAUAGGUGUACGGGAAACAGCGACCAGAUCUGUGGAAAGUCCCGGCGGAUCUCUAUGUACGAAAUAUCGCAAGGAGUGUGCAGUAACAACAUAGGACCACCCACCAACGGAUCGCACGUCAUCACCAACCCGCGUUCACUGUCUUACAAUCUCAACAACUUCAAGUUCUUCGGGACUCGUGUAGAUUUCUCCUGUGACCCUGGAUAUACCCUCCAUGGAGCAUCAAGCAUUGAAUGUAUUGAGACUGACUACAACAACAUCACGUGGAGUGACUUCGUGCCUACUUGCAUCGAAAAUUCCUCGACAACGAUUUCACCGUUUACUGCUGAUGACGGAGCUUCUACUGACGGUUAUAAGGCAACUGAGACCAACGAUCGGCGUAAGGGACAGUUAGAGACAGGUAUGAUAGUUGGAAUAGCAGUUGGAAUAAUAGCGGCAUUGACUGCUCUUUUGGUGGUGGUGAUAUGUCUGAGGAAGAAAAGAGCCAAUAAAAGAACUGGAAUUUCAGAAGUUGUCAUGGACACGGGGACAAGAAAAUACGCCAACAGUUCGUACGGUUGA